CCUUGCGCGCAAACACAAAGAGGAAAAGAAAGAUUAUAAUUCGUACAAUUUCCAUUGCUGUACUAUCUGGAACAACACAACCUCAGAGCAGACGUGCUUCCGAAUAUUUUGCGGAUAUUCAGCGUAAAAUCUUUGACGUGACCAUCGCUGUCCCAUUCAUUAACCUGCUCGCGAUAGAAAACCCCUGCGGAAACGUAUCGAUCCCGUUCUCCGGUUGGUAAGGCGAGUCAUGGAACGGAACAGCUGCGUGCUGCGCGAUCUUCGGCAGCAGCCCGGUAAUGACAUUUGUGCGGACUGCGGGGCUGCAGAGCCGGAUUGGGUGUCUGUGCCUCUGGGCGUGUUUGUGUGUCAGGGAUGCUCUCUCAUCCACAGAAGUAUCCCCAACCAGGUGAAGUCUGUACUGCAGGACACAUUCGAUGAUAAAGAAACAGAGUUUAUUACCUCUAUGGGGAAUGAGGCAGCGAAGGCAAAGUACGAACAGCAAGUUCCACCAUUUUAUUACCGCCCCUCCCACACAGACUGCAGAAUUUUGAGAGAACAAUGGAUCAGGGCCAAAUACGAGAGACAGGAGUUUGUACACAUCGAGAAACAAGAGCCUUAUUCAGCAGGGUACAGAGAGGGGUUUCUAUGGAAACGCGGUCGAGACAACGGGCAGUUUCUUAGUCGCAAGUUCAUUCUGUCUGAGAGAGAGGGAGCGCUCAAGUACUUCAACAAGCAAGAUGCAAAAGAACCAAAGGCCAUAAUGAGGAUUGAAACUCUAAAUGCUACUUUCCAGCCAGCUAAAAUAGGCAACCCCUGUGGACUGCAGAUCACAUAUCUCAGGGACAACAGCACCAGAAAUAUCUUUGUGUACCAUGAAGACAGUAAGGAAAUGGUGGACUGGUUCACUGCAAUCCGGGCAGCACGGUUUCAUUACCAGAAGGUGGCAUUUCCUGGAGCUAAUGAUGAGGACCUGGUACCAAGACUUACACGGAAUUUUAUGAAAGAGGGUUUCAUGGAGAAAACUGGCCCAAGGCAUACAGAGGGCUUUAAGAAAAGGUGGUUUACCAUGGAUGAUAGGAGGUUAAUGUAUUUUAAAGAUCCCUUGGAUGCAUAUGCACGUGGAGAGGUGUUCAUUGGCAGCAAGGAGAACAGCUAUAAAGUCGUACCCGGGCUACCACCCUCCAUCCAGGGCUACCAUUGGAAGUAUGGCAUCACCAUAGAAACACCAGAUAGGAAGUUUCUGUUUGCAUGUGAAACAGAAGCAGAGCAAAAAGACUGGAUUGCAGCCCUUCAAAGAGUCGUCAAUCGACCCAUGAUGCCGCAGGAAUACGCAGUUGAGGCUCAUUUUAAACACAAACCUUGAUGCUGGCUGUAGACCUGCCUACAUGCUACAGGCGAGACUGGACAACGAACAGUUCUGUCCAGUGAAUACAUGUACAGUAUACUGUAGGGGGUGUUUGGGGUGAGCUCUGGACCAAGCAACGUCUCAACACGUACAAAGGAAUGGCUUCCUUGCAACUUUGAUUUAGUACUAAUUCACUGGACACUAUGUUAAGGGUGUCAACAGAGCAAUGACACUGAGGUUUAGUAAUCUUGAAUGUCCCUUCGUAUGUGUGAAUACCAAAGCAGACAUACUAGGUGCCGUCAGCCAAGCUACUGUAUACAUAUGGCAUGUGAAUGUUGUUUAUCCCUCUUUAACAUUUAAUCUGUACAUCAAAGGGUUGGCAUACAGCUCAUGUGAACUAUUUCGCAAAACUUCUGUUAUUUAUUGGAAAUACUGUAUUGUACUGUACAUCCAAGCAAAUGCUGCUGUGGACUUCUAAGACGCUACGCAAUGACUCAUUUUGAAUAACCCUAAUGUUAUAUCUGUUCAGAUGCAGUUAAAGGGGUUUGUGGCUGGUUCGGUGCUCAGUAAAGUACUUAUCAUUCGAAUGUGUUAGUAGUCAUUUGAAUCAUGUUGGUAACUGAUACUGUAUGUGCAGCUAUGAACCUUCAAUACAACCUUAAAGGUGGGGUGCGUGAUUUUUAAAAAACACUAUGGAAAAGGGAGUCGGGCGACUACCAAAACACACUUGGCGUGUCUACUAACUAAACUGACAUUGUUGCCUGUGUAUGUGUGGAGCGAGUCUAUCAAAAGAAGGUCCAGAUUCUAUUGGGGUAGGGGCGUGUUUGUUUAGGGGAUUUUUAAAUAUCAAUAUUGGCUUUCAAAGAUCAUGCACCCUGCCCUUAUGGGAUAAUUUACCGAAAAAUGUACAUUCUGUCAUCAUUUACUCACCCUCAAGUAACAAACCUGUGUACAUUACUGUGUUUUGCUUAACACAAAUAAAGAUAUUUUGGAUAUAGAUCUGCAGCAGCAUUCACUUCAAUCGUAUUAUUUUUUCCUACUAUGGAAGUCAGUACUGCUGCAGAUAUGCUUGGUUACAAACAUUCUUCAAAAUAUCUUUAAUUGAAAAGUGUUAAUAACAAAACAUAUCUGGGGCACCAUUCACUUCAAUAGUAUUAUUUUCUUCUACUAUAGAAGUGCCCCAGAUCUGCUUGCAUACAAAAAAAAUUCAAGUUAUCUUUCUUUGUAUUCAACGUAACAAAGAAAUGUAUGCAAAUGUAAAAACUUGAGGGUGAGUAAAUGAUGACAGAAUUUUUAUUAAUCGGUGAACUAUCCCUUUAAGGAUGACUUGAAAUUUCAUAGCAACAUACUGUAAUAGUUUCUACUUUUCGUGUCUGUAAUGGGCGACCAACAGCCUUUAUUUUAUCAGUUAUACAUCCACACACUGUAUAUAUGGCAAUGAAGGUACUGUAGUUCUGUUGUUGAUUUAUUCUUCUCCACUAGGUGGCGGUACAUCACAUUUUAGGAUGCAUGUAUCCAUUCCUAUCUUUCUAUGCAGAAUGGUGUUGUUAUUAGUGAUAGAUUGAUUUAUUGGCCAAUAUUUGGCCAUUUUGAGAUAAUUGCCAUUGGUCAAUAACCACACCCAUCUGGCUUAUUAAGAAAAGUGUCAGUUCCUCUUGUGUCCGGUAAAAACUCCACAAUCUACAAAAUAGAUAACAUUCCUUAUUUGAUUGAAGGUUGAGUAAAUAUUACGGCAUUAUUUAAUGUAUCAUCAGUUAAAUCAGCCAUUAUAGGCUCUAUUAUCUGUACAUAGAUCAGCCAUUGAAAACUCAUACAUCUUCAAUUUCUACCUGUUUAAAGAAUGCAUAAGAAGAUUCUUCUGACUUUAUAAUCAACAUUAACAUCUGAAUGACAAACUCCAUUACCAUUAACGUGAUACUGACUUUACCUCCAUGUGUUGUCUCUUCAGGUCUCCAUGUUUAGUGAUGUUCUGUUAAAAGCGUUUGGACAGUAACGGUUCCUUUACUGUUCAUGAGUUUUGUUUUGUUUAGGAUAAGGGUCUGUAAAUUUUUACUAGUUUUUUUUGUUUCUUUUUUAUGUGCACUAUAUCAUAGCAUGCAUACAGUAAAUGUGAAAUGGUACAAAGGACUAUGGUAUUUCAUCAUGAACCCAGAAUGUUUUUUUUUACUUUUACCUUUUUAUUGACCGGUUUCUCAUUUAGUGCACUAAAGUCGCCUGGCAGCAGCAGUGCAAAUGUUAAAAAUGCAUAUAUAAUAAAACUAAUUUAAUUUAAUUA